GACUUUUGAAACAACUUCUCAGUUCCGAUCUAUCUCUCUUCGGAUUUUAAACUAGAAUGAAAUUCUCCAGUGCUAUUUAAAAUAUUUAUUGAAAAUAAAUUCAACCAAAAAUUAUAUUUCAAAUUUUUAGAGUUCGACUUACUCCCACAUCAGACUAAGAUGCUAUCGCGCGGACAAUCAGCCCCGGAACUGGCCAGCCUGAACAAUGAAGACCAGAAGCCAGAUGAUGUCUCGUCGGGGUCUCCAGAUCCGGCAGCCGCUGGCGAGCAGGUGGCGAUUCAGGAUGGAGACAAACCCAGUAUGGCUAUACGGAACCUUGACAGGAUCUUCAGUCAGUUCCUGGUCUCGCUGCUCGAGUGCCCGGUGUGCUUUGGAUACAUGAUGCCACCGAUUAUGCAGUGCUCUCGCGGGCACCUCAUCUGCUCCACCUGCAGGCCGAAGCUCACCGCAUGCCCCGUCUGCCGGGUGACGAUGAGUAACAUCCGGAAUCUGGCCAUGGAGAAGGUGGCCUCGAAGCUAGUCUUUCCAUGCAAGCAUUCGAGCUGCGGCUGCCGCAUUAAUGUCUCAUAUACGAACAAAAAGGAUCACGAGGAGGACUGCGAAUUCCGUCCAUACGUCUGUCCUUAUCCGGACGAUAAGUGCGUUUGGCAGGGGCCUCUGAAGGACAUUUACGACCAUCUGGUUACCACACACGAGAACGUGAUCACCAUGGAGGGCAGCGACAUCGUGUUCCUGGCCACAAACGUGAAUCUCGAAGGUGCGCUUGAUUGGACCAUGGUUCAAUCUUGUCAUGGGCGCCAUUUUCUACUCUCGCUGGAGAAGAUUCAUUUGGGCGAGGGCUGCCAGCAGUAUUUCGCCGCCUGCCGGAUGAUCGGCACUAUACGGGAUGCCGCCGAAUUCGUUUACAACAUCGGGCUGGAUGCCAACAAUCGCAUCCUGCGCUGGCAGUCCAAGCCGCGCUCUAUUCGCGAGAGCUUCGUCUCAUUCACCAAUGCCGACUUUUUGGUGCUCAACAAGUCAACCGUGGAACUGUUCUCGGAGGAUGGUAACCUAGCCCUAAACGUGGUCAUCCGCAAGGCUAAUCAGUCUACAGAGAACUAGAUAUCCUUAAAAAAAACCGAAAACCCCCAUAUGC